UUUGAGGAGGGUUGGGGGUUUGGGGGUUGGCGGUUAUUUACGUCGUUUCGUUUGUUGAUAUGUUUGUGCGUUCUUAGGCCUGAAUUAGCUUUGUUUGUCAGAGCACGGUAGCAAGGUACCACCAGCACCAGGCACUUUGACAGUGUCACCAGCACCUCACAAACACAGCUGGGCUUAAUUUUGAUCAUUCUCAUUAAAUGAAUGAGAUCCUUGACAAUCACUAAUGAAUGCAACAACAGUUAUGCUAGGUUAGAUUAUACGCACGAACAUUUUGGGCUACUGUAUGGACCCGUGAAAACAUUUGAAGCCGCGACUGUUUGGCUAAAAUGGGCGAGCUCAGUGAAAACGACAAGCUGAACCCCAGCAUGGGGCUGUCGGGCUCCAAGCCACUUCUUGUUGCUGCACAGGAUACUGAAAGAUUCUAUGGUGUCUACAUACCAAACAGUAGCGAAGAAAAUUUUUUACACGUCUAUGAAGAUAAGGUAGAGGCUUUAAAGGUUGUGAAACAUCACAAAAAGGCUCGUUUUAAAGCAUUCAAACAGCGGUCUGAUGCUGUGGCGUUUGCUGUCCAUGGAGCAGACUCUGUAUCCGCUAGCUCGGAGGAAAAUGUGCCUGUUGCACCUAGUGUUUCUCAAAGUGAUGCAGAAAAACCAAGUCUUUUCAAGGGUCCAAAACAACAAGACAUGGUGCAACUUCGAAGAGCGAUUGAGAGUGGUAAUUUAGAGUUGGUCUUCAAAACUGUCUGGGACAAUCCUCGAUUUCUUAUUAGUAGUGGAGACACUCCGUCUAUUUUACAGGAAGGGUCAAGAUACAAUGCCUUACAUGUUGCUGCCAAAAGCAAAAAUGCAGCCAUGGCUGACCUUAUUUUGCAAACUGUAGGAGACCCGGCAUUUUCGAAAUUGUUGUACGGUGGUGAUGAGACUUUGUCCGCUAGUAAAAUGGGUUCAUCUUCAGAAAGAUCUGCCAUUCUCGUUGAUUUGUAUUUAAAUACUCCAGACAAAGGCAUGCAUGAGACCCCUUUGCAUUUUGCUGCAAAGUUUGGAGCAAUCCAUGUUGUUGCAACUUUAGUAUCUUAUUCACAGUGUGACUGGGAGCCUAAAAAUAAAUUUGGUCAAAGACCUAUUGAUAUUGUGUGCUCCAGAUGUCCUACAGCCAGUGAGCAACUGAAAUCAGAGAUAGCAACUCUUCUUCAGAAUGACUUUUAUGUGCCAGUGCUUAGGGCUGAAGAUAAUUCUUUACCACCUUUGAUUGGGACCCCUUAUUCACCUAAAGAUCCUCCUGUAUUAAAUGAAGAUCCUCUCAGUCCUCGUCUAGAGAUUCAUGCAUUUGCAGGACCUAUGACUCAGUCCCAAGCUUCUGAAUUUCACCGUCAAUGGCGAACUCCUCAAAGAGCUAAUAAUUCAACAAGGGUGCAAAAUGUACCUAAAAGUUGCCCGUCUGCGUUUCGGUUGCAGGAUACUCACAAAGGGCUGGAGAGAGUUGGCCGUUGUCUUGCACUUGAUCAUUGUGUUCCGUGGAAGGAAUACUGGCCAUUCUUGAAUACAUUUGUUGAUUUGACAUCCCAGGAAGGCCUAGCUCUUCUAGAGGCACACCUGGCUAAGAGAUAUCAAACUGUAGCGGAUGUGCCAACUGACAAACUUAAUGAAGGUUCUGUAACUCCAUCUUCAACAAAUGAUUCAGCUGAUGUCAUUAGAGUAAAUCAUACUCUAGAUGGGACUGAUAUAGAACCUGAAAUUUUGAGUCCAGUCACUCAAUUGUGUUCUAUGAUGAAUGCAUGCACCAUCCUGGAUGACUCUGUGGGUUCUGGUCUUGGUCGCGGCUCACCUUUGUCCCUGUCACCCUCUCCCUCGCCCUCCCCCUCAUCAUCCCCCUCCAAUGGCAGCAUUCUAUCUUCAGGAUUCUUUGACUGGCUGAGUAGAAAACGAUGUGAAAACAACAAGACUGCUCCAGAAAAUAGUCAAAAUGAGUCUAUUUUGACAGCUUUAUCAAAUCCUACAGUCAGUCCCUUUCUUUAUGUAGAGAAAUCUUUGCAGCUGUUUGCAAAACGAAUUGCUGCCAGCUUACACCAUACAGUUUCUGGUAACUUUUCCCCACACCACCUCAAGGACUCUAUACGAGACGUUCUGAAGCCAGAGAUAAAGAGAGUUCAGAGUCUUGUGAUAAGUUAUAUGGAAGAUGCUCGCUUUGUAGCUGUUGAUUAUCAUCUCGUACAUUCGAGAAUUGCAAGUAGUGUUGCUGAGAGACUUGUUGAUUUACUGACAUGGGAAGAAAGAGAGGUGUUUUACAGUGGCUUGCAGGACAUGCUUUCGGGCAAAGGGUUUGAUGCAACCCUCUCAUCUGAUGAUGAUGAUUUAAUUACCUCUGCCUCUACUUACCGCCAGCCCAGAGCGUCCAGACAAGCAUCUGGUUCAAAUAAUAAAACUGCCAUCCGUUGUGUUAUCAGCCAGAUGGUGUGGGCAUUAGACCAGCUGCAGGGGAGCGGCCCUGAUGGAAGAACCACCCUUCCGCCCCGUCCGCAAGUACGCACUGAGAGUGAGUGUUUAGAAAUGUGGUCUGAUGCAUAUCCUUGCUUGUGCUCAUGGUUCACACACAACCAAGCAAAUUUCUCCAGAGGGUCUCGAAAAUCUUCUUCCAUGAAACGAUCGGCCAUGAACACAUCUUUGAAUGUCUCUGAUAGUCAUUGUCAUAGUGUAUCUCGGCGACUGGACUAUGCUGAUAAAGAUGAUAUCACCAAUGACUGUGAGCAUGACCAUGCUCGUACAGAAUCUCACUCAUCAGAUGCUGAAGGUGAUACUUUUUUCACCCCUCCAUCAUCUCCGAGAGGCAGUCCGAUUCCCCCAGCUUCUGAGUCCAGCAGUGAUGAUGAAAUGGAUGUACCUGAAGAGGGCCUACCUGUUUUUAUUGAAGGGAAUGAACCAACUAGAACUGAUAUAGAUGUACUGAACGCAAUAAGUUUGUGUAACAUCACUCAAUUGUCACACCCUCAUAUUUAUCGAUGGAGACAUGAAGUUUUAUUACAUCCAGCAGAAGAAAGGAAGAGGUGGCAGACUCGGAGAGCAAGACAUCUUAAUGAAACACCCCCAUCAGGCUCCUUUCCAACUACGUCAAAUUGUAUUAGCACACCGUUAUCUAUGAAAUUUGAAAGUUCCUCCACACAAUCAUGGAACCACAUCAAAGGGACUUACUCUCCUUAUUUAUACUGUAGCUCUCCUUCUUCAAUAAAAACUGAAGCACCUUCUUCACCGUCAUGGCAUCGUAUAACUGGAAUGUAUUCUCCUUUGCCUAACAAGACGCUCAAGAGGUCAUAACAAGAGCUUGACAUCUUCCUAACUAUCAUCAACGUCAUAGAUGAUUUGUUUCUUUUCUCUUUAGCUUUCAAUGGUUUUGGUGCCUUAUAAAUCCUUCUUUUGAUAGAACGUGUGAUUUGGCUUUCAUUUUUUCCCAAUUCUUUUUUAAAAUGUACUGAUUGCCUGCAGUUAUCUGAGCUGGAGAGAAAUAUAAAGUUAGAAUGAUAUAUUAUAUUUUUUCUACUGUCGAUAGGUAUAUAUGAUAACAUUGAUUAUGAAACUUAUCUUAAGCAUUCUUUAAAGUUAACCAUUCAAUGUAAAAUUGUUUUUAGUUACCUGAAGUCUGUCCAUUGCCCCUUGUACAAAUACUUCUUGUCUCAUUUUAAUCUGCUCUGUAAAAAGUGUUCAAAACAAAAAAAAAUGUUAUAUUUCAUAUUUUAAAAUAUUGAAACCAUUGCUGGGACUGCUACUAAAUCAGCUUUUUACCAGAGUGGAGUCGCCAUAAGGACGUGUACUGUUUGGUUCACCUUCGUGCACAUUUUACAUUUCCCUCAGAUUUCCAUCAUCUGAUCAUAUGUUUUAAAAUUAAAGGCUCGGAGUCUUCUUAUUUGAAUGCCAUUCCUUUGAAUUGUGCACAGUAUUGACUGUGCUGAUACUAUCAUAGAGGAAAUGUUAAAUUAUUUUAUUUUUAAUACUAAGAAGUUUCAGUUAUGAAGAAACUGUAAAAAGGAAUUUCCUCUUCAUUCAUUAUAGGGGUAGUUCUUUAUUCAUGUGAGCUGUGCAGCAAAAAGAUUCUUCCACAUCACUUUUAAGCCUUUUCUCCCAAUUGAAGUCUGUUGAUCACCCUUUCUCAUCUUUUUUUUUGUAGCACCUAAUCCAUGGUUGUGAAUGUUUGUAUAUUUGUUUGUACUUUACUUGCUUUUUAACUAAGUGCAGAGGGAAUCAAAAUGUCCUCUAGCUGUGAUUUGGAGGAAAUCUUUCCAAUGCUGGAAUGUUGGGCACAGGGCCCAUUUUACUUUGUGUACUGAUGAACUUCCAUGAAUAUUUGGAGCUUCUCAUUCGUUUGAAUCUUUAUUGGUGGUGACAUUGGUUCUGUUUUCUCAUGAUACCAAAUAUUGCCACCAAGUCUGUUAUUUAUUGUAAUUCUUGUUAUAUUCUUCUCGCAACUGACUUGCUCUGCAGUAACUCCAUUUUGUCAUCUUUUAUUCUUCUCUGUCAAGAGUAUGUUGAAGACUGAUCUAACUGCUUCAUCAAGAACCAUGCCAAGUGUUCCCUGCCAAGUAUGUGUGGUGUUUUAAUGCUCUUUAUACCCUGUGAUAUUGUAAAUAUGAAAUCUUCAUUAAAAGGUGUAAAUGAAUAUUGCCGUAAAA